GGCAGUUGGAAUGUUCUUCAAACAAGCAUCGGUAUUUCAGCCAUGCACAUGCAGCUACUCAACAACGACCGUGUCGUCAUUUUCGACCGCACCGACUUCGGAAGCUCUAACUUGUCGUUGCCGGCUGGAAAAUGUCCUAAGAACUCCAAAAACUGCACCGCGCACUCGGCGGAGUACGACGUUACCGCCAAUACCUUCCGGCCUCUCACUGUUCAGACCAACGUGUGGUGCUCAUCCGGCGCAGUCAUGGAGAACGGAACCCUAAUCCAAACCGGUGGUUCCUUCGAAGGAGAACGAAGGGUGAGGGUUUUCAAUCCCUGUGGUAAUACUGAGUGUGAUUGGCAAGAGAUAGACCUCGGACUGGAGAAGAGUCGGUGGUACUCAACCAAUCAUGUUCUGCCAGAUGGGAGGGUGAUAAUCCUCGGUGGCCGGAGACAGUUCAACUAUGAGUUUUAUCCUAAAGAUAUUGACAACAAGUUCUAUGAUCUACCUUUCUUAGCUCAAACAAACGACAAGGGAAUAGAGAACAAUCUAUACCCAUUUGUUUUCCUCAACGUCGAUGGAAACCUAUUCGUUUUCGCCAACAACCGAGCAAUAUUGCUAGACUACAAGACAAACCAAGUGGUAAAAACGUACCCGCAAAUACCUGGCGGGGACCCGAGGUCAUACCCAAGCACUGGGUCCGCGGUGCUUUUGCCGUUUAAUAUUAAUACUCAGACCAAGAAUGUGGAUGCCGAAGUUUUGGUCUGUGGUGGAGCUCCGAAAGGGUCUUAUUCUGAAGCCUUGAAAGGGAAAUUUGUCGAGGCAUUAAAAACAUGUGCCCGGAUCAAAAUGAACGACCCUACUCCAAACUGGGUCGUUGAGGAAAUGCCUCUAGCUAGAGUCUUGGGAGACAUGACGUUGCUUCCAAACGGCAAUGUUUUGAUUAUCAACGGAGCUAGAAACGGAACUGCUGGGUGGGAGUCGGCCGAAGAACCUGUAUUGAAUCCGGUUUUAUACCAACCCAAUAAGCACACUGGGUCACGGUUCGAAAUUCAAACCCCGAGCAACAUUGCACGAUUGUACCACUCCACGGCGGUGCUUCUCCGCGACGGUCGGGUUCUUGUCGGCGGUAGCAACCCCCAUGCGGGCUACGAAUUCACCGGAGUUCGUUAUCCGACGGAGUUGAGCUUAGAGGCAUACAGUCCUUCGUAUUUGGAAAAACCAAAACUUCGCCCAGUUAUUGUCACUGCUCAGACUGAGCUUACAUACUCUCAGAAGUUUACAGUUCAGUUUCAAGUGAAGGGAAAAUUAGAUAAAACAUUGGUAUCAACGACAUUAGUUUCUCCAUCGUUUGCAACUCACUCUUUUUCCAUGAAUCAAAGACUUUUGGUGUUGCAAGUGACAGGAAUAGUGAAAAGUUUAAAGGAUUCGACUUACCAAGUUGAGGCUACGACACCCGGUUCCCCUAAUCUUGCUCCCUCUGGUUAUUAUCUUUUAUUUGUGGUUCAUGAAGAAAUUCCCAGCGACGGCAUUUGGGUCCAUCUCAAAUAA